CGUCUUGGGGGCAACGGACGUGUCGGCCCGAGCUCGCCCUGCCGUUCGGAAUCGCGUAUACGUGAAAACAGUUUUCGUUGUAUUUGCAUACGUGGAGUGACUUGUUUUCUACUUUACUCUGAUGUGAUGUGACUUAUAUUUGUCGGCGAGGAUUUAUCAUAACAGACGACUGUGACAACUCAAUUAGUUUUCAGUGCUUAUGAAUAAUAAUUGUGGAUUGUUUUGGCGUUAUUAAGGUGAUGCGCUUACGCAUGUGAAGAUGGCGCGGGGGGACGUUCUCCUCGUGCUAUGGGUGGUCGCGGUCGCCGCCGACAAACAUGACGUGUUGAACACGACAGAGGUGGAGCGCACCACAGCGGUGCCGACCCCGUCGCUGCCAAUGCGGCCAGAAUACGCCCACCCGGCCGGAGUCGAAGCAUUAGACCCUUACAACUCUGAAAAGAACAACCCGCCGCCCCACCACCGAGACUACCUCGAAGAAGAUUACGACCACGAAUCGAACAAAGAAGACGACCACGAAAGUCGCGAUGAUGUCGACGAACUCCCAUCUCUCACAGGAGACCACCUCCAAAGCUCAACCGACGAUCUCCCAAUGUUCCUUCAGGAACCCCAACACGCAUUUGUUGUUAGAAACAAACCAGCAACGCUGAGAUGUCGCGCAGCAAAUGCAUUACAAGUGUAUUUCAAGUGCAACGAUGUUCGCUCGGUCGCGAGCACGCAGUUUGAAUUUGUGGAUCCCCAAAGUGGUGUUAGAAUCGUUGAAGCAGAGUGUAAUGUGACGAGGGACCAGUUGGAGGAGUAUUUCGGGGAAGAUCGGUUCACGUGCACGUGUUUUGCUUGGAGUAGCAGGGGUGAUAUCAGGAGUCAGCCAGCUGUCGUCGAAUUAGCAUAUCUCAAGAAGCAGUUCGCCAUCUCCCCAUCUCCAACGUCUGUGGAGGCUGGAGUGGCUGCCACUCUCCGCUGCUCCCCGCCUCAGGCUGCCCCCCCUCCGAGGAUAUCCUGGCUGAAGCAUGGAUCUCCACUGCAGCAGGAUCAUAAUGUUCUUAUAUCGGCGGAGGGAAACCUGCUCAUAUCCAGGGCUACUCUGCAGGAUAUGGGGAACUACAGCUGUGUGGCAGAAAACAUAGCUGGAAAGAGGAUAUCUGAACCCGCCCUCCUGACUGUGUAUGUGAACGGCGGCUGGAGCUCCUGGUCGUCCUGGUCUCCCUGCCGCUGCAACGGUCGCGCGACGGGAGGACAACGUCGCACGCGUACCUGCACCGAACCGUACCCUUUGAACGGUGGCGCGCAUUGCCAAGGCCAAGCCGUGCAGAGGACGUCAGACUGCGUGCCGUGUCAGAGCGCUCUCCCCGGCCGCUGGGGUACCUGGUCCGAGUGGUCGGUCUGCGAGGCCGACUGCCGUCAGAGCAGGCGCCGGGCCUGUACCGGAGACACUCCUUGCUCUGGCCAGCACGUGCAGUAUGCGGACUGCGUUGGGGAUUACUGCGGGGUGCAUGGAGUGGCCGCCCACAGCGACGUACCGCUGUACAUCGGCAUAGCAGUGGCCGUGGUGGUGUUCCUGGCUGGUGCCGCGGUGGUGUACAAGCUGCUUCAGAGGAAGACCAGGGACCACUCCUUGUAUACCAUGACGAGGACCGAUUUCCAACCAGAAAUGUACCCCACGGUGGAGAAGCAGUCCCUCUCUUUGGCUCCGGACCUGAUGCAGCACCGGCCACCACGCUAUGAGCACCCGCCGCCAGACACGCGCGCCGAACACCACUAUGACGUGCCCCAUCUGACCAACAGCUACGCGUCGCCUGUAGACCACCAAGUGACUCCAUGCGCAUCGAGCAAAGGUCAGAGCGACGACUAUGACAGCAAGCCGUACAGCGAGUCCGAACAUUCUGCGUCCAGCUGUUUCACUAGCUCCGGCUCCAUGUACGAUGCAGCCAACGAAUCGGUGACUCUUCAACUCGCAGAGCUGGUCUCCAACUCCCCAACCUCCCAGUCCCUAUCAGUCGCCUCCGCUGGUGCAAGACUCGCCCUACCAGCAGCUGGCGUAGCUCUUUCCAUCCCUGAAGCCGCCCUCAGCAGGGGCAGACGGGAACAGAUGUACGUCGCCGUCGUCAAAGAUGACAGAUACCGGCCUAGACUCGGCAAAGGUAUCACGCAACUCAGCCCGGUAGUUAAAUGCGGACCUCCACGCCUCCAAUUAAAUAAGUCAGUAAUACUACAAAUACCACACUGCGCUAGCCUCAAACAUGGGUUCUGGAACCUCACUCUGUACGCGAUAGAUCACAAUAACGCAAAAACCGAUAACACGCAGCCACAAUGGAAGAAAGUCGUCAGCCUCGGCCAGGAGACUAUCAACACGCCAGUGUUCACGCAACUCGAUAACGAUAAAAUUUAUCUCGUCACAGACAUGCUGUCGACUUUUGUCUUAGUUGGCGAAAGUUUCAACGGGAAAGCCGUUAAGGCGCUCCAACUUGCCGUAUACGCGCCUGCUAAUCUCAACGAAACUAGCUCCGAGUACAGCAUUAGGCUUUAUGUGUUCGAAGACACUCCGUGCGCGCCCUAUUACUGUCAGGAGCAGGAGAAAAAAUUAGGCGGAGUUCUGCUCGAGCGCACCAAAACGCUGCUGUUCCAAGACGGCGGAUCCAAUCUGUGUUUAAAUUUGGAACACGUCAGCCCCGGCUGGAAGGCGAAGCCCGGCAUCGGCUACCAGGAGAUUCCCUUCAAUCACGUCUGGAGUUCCAACUACAACGCACUUCAUUGCAGCUUCGUUCUCGAGCGGACGCACGAUUGCGACAAUAUUGACUUUAGCAUUUCCGCAUGUCAAAGGACCAAUCCGUCGUACAAACAGACGUUCCGAAUAUCCCUUGAGGACGUUCGGAGUCGAUCGCCGCGGGGGCGUUCACCCCGCGCCGAAUCUCAGCGUAGUUUCAACAUAACCGAGAAUCUUUUGGAGGCUCGUAUGUGCAGAAGCGAGGAGGGGGGCGACGCUAAGAGGAGCGUUACGGUGAGCGAGGCGGGAGUCACGGAGUGUGCAGGCGAAGGCCCAUUUAAAUUAAGUGCUCGAAUAAAACGGCAGCUAUGCGCAAUAUUGGAUCCGCCGAACGCUCGCGGCAACGACUGGCGCGCGCUGGCGUCGCGGCUCGGCGUGGAUCGGUAUACCACGUGGUUUGCGACUAAGAGCUCGCCGACCGAAGCUAUCCUCGAGCUAUGGGAGUGUCGCGAGCGCGGCCCAGGAGCUACCGCCUCCCUGGCCACGGCCUUGCGACAGAUGGACCGCCACGACGCCGCCGACCUACUCCAAGGGAGACCAUCGUGGUUAUGAAUCAUCAGGGAAUCCAACCUCGACUUCAACUGAACGAGGUUAGAUCAUUGUGAGUGAAAGACAGUUAUGUGGACGGUAUGUUGGUAAACUAAUCUGUAGUAUAAAUGUUACGUUAGAACAACUAUAGUUUCGUAGGCCGACGGCCUAUUGUAAAAUCGUCGUAGUAUAUUUUGUAUAGAAUACUAUGCUGUAGAUAAGCGAUGGGGAAUUAAAUUAUAUUAUAGUAGCAAUAAUAGUGCCUACAAUUGUCUUUUAAAGAAACACUGCCAACCGUUAGUUGGUGUCGGUUGAUUAUUUUGUUAAUUUUUAUAAGUGUUUGAGUGUUCAUUACAAUAUCGAAAAAUGUAUCGCUUAGUUCUAUGAUUAUUUGCUUUGGUGAUUAGUUUUUGUGCUUUUUGAGUAUUCAAUCUUGUGCCAAAUCUCGGAUGCCACUGCACUAUUUGGCAAUAAUCUAAAACGUUAUACGCAAUUGAUCGGAGCUUAUCGUUACGAUGUAAAGUAGUGUUUUAUAAUUUCGUACUUUGAUACUCUAAAGGUCCACUUUCACAGUAAAUAUGUGGACUUUUGAAUUAGAUUGUAUUUCAUUGCAUCACGUGCUUACUACACUUGCUUCCGUACCAUGAACUCUGGAAACAGCUAAAUACUCAAUUUUGAUAGAUUUCCCAACUUAGAACUCUAUAAAGACGUCACUACUAAUCCAUUUAUUAGAAAAUCUCUAUUACUCUAUGGAGUUUUGGUCUGAAACUAUAUUCGCAACUCACUUGGAAAUUAUAUUAUCUUGCUAUAGGGAUACUCGGGCAAUUUUUCGGGCAAUAGCUGCUCAAUUUAGAGCUAUUAACAAACUGCAACAACUGUUCUAAAUUGCUCAAUUUUUGCUUACUAUGACGUCACUACAGCGUUUGUUCUAAAUUGCUCCACUUUUGCUUGACCUAUGACGUCAUUGUAAGAGCUCAUGGUACGGUCGCUCCAAUUUAAGUUACAAAUAUGGACUACACUUUAAAAGACUUGAGCUGAUUGCAUUUACCUUUGACUGUAUGAAAUCAUGCUGUAUUGUAGUGUUAGUAGAGUCAACUUUAUGAAACCGACCGUGAAGUAUAUCUAACUUGAAACGUAUUUUUGAAACAAUAGAAUUCCAAUUCGAAUACAAUGUUACACAAAUCGUAUAUAAAAUCUAUAUACAAUUUGUGCAGACUCGUAUGC